AUGACUUCUAUCAUCGACCCAGACACCAAGGUGGCUCCCGAGAAACCCAUCAGCGAUGAGGAGCAACUGGCUGCCUUGGGCCAUGUCCAAGAGCUCCGUCGAGAAUUCUCCCUGUGGUCGAUUGUGUGUCUCCAGAUCUCCUUGAUGGCCACAUGGGAGGCAUUGAGUUCUGUGGUGGCAACAGCUUUGACCAAUGGCGGAGCCCCUUGUCUGUUCUAUAACUAUAUCAUUGCAUUGGUCGGAACUGUUUUCAUUGUGCUCUCGCUGGGCGAGAUUGCUUCCAUUUAUCCGACCGCUGGAGGGCAAUAUCACUGGGUUCACUGCCUGACACCGGCGUCGUACCGCGCCACAGCAUCAUGGUUCACUGGCUGGAUCUCGAUCGGAGGCCAAGUGGUGCUCGCCGCAUCCGCAGCCUUUGCUGCUGGUCUGCAAUUGCAAGCUCUGAUCACACUCAACAACCCCGAUUCAUACAUUCCGGCGCGAUGGCAGGGGAUGCUGUUCUACUGGCUGAUCAUCGCGUAUUCGACUGCGAUUAACAUUUGGGGAUCUAAGAUCUUGCCGCACACAAAUACCGCUGCUGGUAUUCUUCAUGUUGUCGGGUUCAUUGCAAUUGUGGCUGUCCUUGGUUCCAUGUCCUCGAAACAUUCCGCUUCGUAUGUCUUUACGGAAUUUUCAAACACGAGUGGAUGGAGUAAUGAUGGAGUUUCAUGGCUGGUCGGAUUGCUGAGCACUGUUUAUCCAUUCCUCGGAUAUGAUGCAGCUUGUCACUUGAGUGAAGAACUCCCCAAGCCUUCUCGAAACGUGCCACUGGCCAUGGUGGGCAGUGUGGCCAUUAACGGACUAAUCGGCCUCGUUUAUGCCAUCGUGCUCCUGUUCGCACUGGGAGACUUGGAGAGCCUGCUGACGUCCCAGAUCGGGUUUCCCUUCAUGCAACUCUUCCUCAAUGUCACUGGCUCCCCGGCUGGUGCAUCCAUCUUGGCCCUGUGUAUUACCCUGAUCGCCGUGGCCGCCAAUGCUGCCGGACUGACUUCAACCAGUCGCACAGCAUGGGCCUUUGCUCGCGAUGACGGACUGCCAGCGUCUGGAUACCUGUCUACUGUCAAUCCGACUGUGAAGGUUCCCGUGCGCAUGAUUUUGGUGGUCUCGUUUUUGCAGAUGCUGUUGGGUCUGAUUUAUCUGGGGAGUUCCACCGCGUUCAAUGCGGUGCUGUCCAUGGCCAUCCUCGGCAUGUAUGCGUCUUAUUUCUCACCCAUUCUGUUCAUGCUCAUCUAUGGUCGGCGGACCACCGCCGAGGUAGUUCGGGGUUUGGGACCGGGUAUGUUCAACCUCGGUUCUCGCUGGGGCCCCGUGGUGAAUUUAAUUGCUCUGUUGUGGUUGAUUUUGGCGAUGGUCUUCAGUACUUUCCCAACCGUGCAGCCGGUGACGCCCGACAACAUGAAUUACUGUGUUGUGGUCACGAUGGGCUGGAUGUUUAUCGGCGGGGUCUACUAUUAUGUGUUCGGCGGAAAGAAACGAUUCACGGGCCCCGUGGUGGAGCUGGCUGAAGGCUUCUAA